AUGCCGCUUUCCACUUCUGUAGAAACCGAUCAGUCCGCCGGGGAAAAGAAGCGCCGACGAACCGUACGCCUGCUACCGCUGCAUGAGAAAGUGGAGGUAAGAAGCGAGGAGGAAGGUUUCCUAGGCUCAUGGCACCCAGGGACAGUCAUUGCAUGUUUUAAGGAACGAUGGCAACUGAAGUACAAAUUCAAGUACGAUCACAUGCUUCGCCAUGACAAGUCUGAUUUCCUUGUUGGUCAUGUGGAUGUUUCUCUCUUUGUGGAUGACAAUAUUGAUCGUGGGUACAUUAGGCCAUUGCCGCCACCUCUUGAGUUUGGCAAAUGGAUCCUCUCCUAUGGAUUGUGUGUGGAUGUGAGUUUCAAUGAAGCUUGGUGGGAAGGGGUGAUUUUCGAUCAUCAAGAUGGAUCAGAUGAAAGGAAAGUCUUUUUCCCUGAUUUGGGCGAUGAAGUUGUUGCCCAUCUUGAUACAAUGAGGAUCACUCAGGAAUGGAAUCAGGUCACUGAGCAGUGGAAGCAGCGCGGGACGUGGUUGUUUCUAGAGUUGAUUGAGGAAUAUGAACAAGUGCGUUGUCUUCCUGUAUCUGUUAAGCAACUUUGGUAUGACUUGCAGGAGAAGGAAGGGUUUAAGAAGCUUGGGGGGUGGACUUCAUGUUCAAGAUCUAUCUGGGAAGAGUUGCUCGUGGACACGAUUAAUGACAAUCUAAAAAUUGUCCUGAACCACCUUUUCCAGGAGGCAAGUCUUCCACAAGGUAUGAAAAAUUUGACUAAGCUUGCUAAAUCACUUAGCUGUAAUGCCGUAUGUGCUAAAGUAGACUCAGCUGGGGCAGUGGAUCCAAAUGACAGGAGAAACAGAGUUGGGAAAAAGAUUAUGUCUUCUCCACAGAACGACGAAUCAAUUACCAGCAUUUCACAAUCAAGCACAUCUUGCCAUGUGAAAGCUUUACCUUUGAUGCUUCCAGACACGUUAGGCUCAACAUUUGUUCCUAAUGCAACUCCUAUAAGUAGCAUUCUUACUCGCAAUGGCGAAACUUCUAGGUCCAGUUCCCAGAAGAUCAGCAGUACUUGGUGUCCUGCUGGCUCAGACAUCGUUCCUAGAAUUAAAUUUUGCCCAUCUGCUAUUACUGAGUAUGCAAAUGGGAACAAAAGGGUAGUUGGUGAUGUCAGGGCUCACCUGGUCUACAUGAACUGGAAAAUUGAAUUUAUGAGGGACAAAGGCAUUUUGAGUAUGAGGGACAAAGGCAUUUUGAGAGUGCGCUAUACUUCACCCAGUGGGCAGUGCUAUUCUUCUUUGCGUCAGGUCUGUCUUGAGUUCAGCAAUUCAGGUAGUAAAGAUCCUUCUUUUAACUCGGUGCAAGAGCACAGGGAUUCUGAAGAUGGUGGGGGUGGAAAUUUGUCUUCUCUUCUUGAACAACCAAUCAAGGAUCAUGAUUCUCAAAUUUCUACUGAAGCUGUUGCUCAGUCAUAUGUUUACAUUAAACCCGAGUGUUGCCCAGAAGCAAUUGUCAAUUGGUAUAUCUUUUCUGGCUAUGACCAAGCGAGGAGGAAAGCAGCUGGUAAAGGAAAAUAUCAUGUGAUGGCAAAAAGGGCAAGGAAACACCUUGCAGUUGAGGGAUGGAAGUUUAUGUAUACCGUUCACAGUGGUAGACGGGAGUUGAAACAUAUUUCACCAGCUGGGAGGUCAUACUAUUCUCUGCGACGGGCUUGCAAAAUCUAUAUGCAAGAAAGUGGGAUAGAUAUUCCUUCUGGAUCCAUUGAACUGGAUGGCAUGGAUAUCGGAGGGACUAGGAUAGGCCAAGAAGAAAGAACAGAUGGCACCAAUAUCCCGUUUCAUCCACAUCAAACAGAAGAUGAAUUAGAUUCUCACAGUUUCCAACUCCAACUUCCAAGUUCAGGAAGUUCAAGAACUUCCGAAGGUUCCUUUAAGUUAAAAACUAAUGCAAUAGUUACUCAACCAAUAUGUCGUCAAUCAAGCAAAGGAGCACAGCAGAUGGUAGCGCGGGCAUCAAAUAUGAAUCGUCAGACCGUGUUGUCCUGGUUAGUAGAUAACAAAGUUCUCUUGCCAAGGGCAAAAGUAUAUUACCGUAGUGCUCGGGGUGAAUGUUCAAUUGCAGAAGGACGCAUAACUCGUGAUGGCAUCAAGUGCAACUGUUGCAUGAAGGUGUACUCUCUUAGUAGGUUUCACGAUCACGUUGGUGGCAAAUGUAUCAGCAACUACUGUGGGGCAGAUUCCAACAUAUUUCUGCAAGAUGGAAGGACUCUGCUAGAUUGUCAGGUGCAAAUAAUGCGUGAUGCUAAGCUGAGAAACUCAGCAGUGCGACAACCUAAAAUUCUGCAGGAAAGGCAGGAGGUGGAGAAAAAUGACCAUGUAUGUUCUGUCUGUCGGUAUGGAGGAGACCUCAUAAUGUGUGACCUCUGUCCAUCUUCUUUCCAUCCAAGUUGCAUUAAUAUGACGGUUGUUCCAGAUGGAGACUGGUUCUGCCCAUCAUGCUGCUGUAGAAUCUGCAACAAUCAAGGAUUAGAAAACAACAGCGAAAGCAUCAUGGAUGAACACAUGCUCAAUUGUACCCAGUGCGAGCAUAAAUAUCAUAUUUCAUGCUUGAGGAAUAAAGGAAUAGAUGAGCUGGAACAUCAUCCUAAUAGAGGCUGGUUUUGCAGUAGGAACUGUGAAGAGAUAUUCUCUAGUCUCUCUGCACUUCUAGGCAAACCAAUCCCAGUGGGUGUGGAAAAUCUUUCUUGGACAUUACUGAAAUUUGUGGAGUCUGACAGCACAGGCUUUGGUUCUUCGACUAUUGAGAUUCAGGCCCAGAGCUACAGCAAGCUUAAUGUUGCUCUUCACGUGAUGCAUGAGUGUUUUGAGCCUCUAGAAGAGCCACACACUAGAGAUAUUGUUGAAGAUGUUAUUUUCAGCAAAAGAUCCGAGCUUAGACGUUUGGACUUUCAUGGGUUUUAUACAGUUAUAUUGGAGAAAGAUGAUGAAGUGAUAACGGUGGCUACGUUAAGGGUUUUUGGAGAGAAGGCGGCAGAAGUACCACUCAUUGCAACUAGGCCUCAGUAUCGCCGACUCGGAAUGUGUCAUGUUUUACUGAAUGUGCUUGAGAAGAAGCUCGUUGAGUUAGGAGUUCAAAGACUGGUUCUGCCUGCUGUCGCUGGCAUGCUGAACAUAUGGACUGGUUCAUUUGGCUUCUCGAAGAUGGCAGACUCCGAAAGACUACUUUUUCUAGACUGCACCUUUGUUGAGUUUCAGGAAACCAUCAUGUGUCACAAGCAGUUGAUGUCAGCCCCUUCCGCAUUAGGCUCAAUGCAAGAAAUCACACCUGUGGCCUCGAAUCCCAUUUUCCAAAUUAGCGAUGAUGAUGAUCAUGACCUUGUUGCAUCAACUCCUAUCUCUGAAGUCGUUGAAGAUCCAAUGGAGGAAGAAGUGACAAGAGAACAUGAAGCAAAUGAUAAUGUUGCAGGGAAGAUCACAACAACUCGUCGUGGUUAUGUUCGUGCACGAGACGACAAGUUUGUGAACCUAGCAAAGCAUUCUAGGCGAGGAAGUUCAACCGAAGGAUCCAACAGUGCAACCACUCUCAGCACAGGAACCCAUGAAGGAGGGGAGUUAAUAAGGAACUAUAAAAGGAGGAAGGUGCUGGUCUUCGGCAGCUGA